AUGGGAACUCGUUUGUUUGUUAUGGUUGUAAUCGUUUUUGCUUGCCUGAUUAAUGCAAGCACAAUGCCUGCGAUUGCUCGCCGCCUUUUGGAAGCUUCAGUCCCCAAGCCUCCUAAACCUGAUUUACCAAAACUCGAUGUGCCUCAACUUCCAAAACCAAUUGUGCCCGAGCUACCAAAACCAGAAGUGCAUGAGCUUCCGAAGCCUACUUUGCCCGAGUUACCAAAACCUGAUGCUCAUGACCUUCCAAAGCCUACUUUGCCCGAGCUGCCUAAACCUGCACUACCAAAGCCUAGUGUACCUGAGCUUCCAAAACCAGAAGUGCAUGAAGUUCCAAAGCCAAAAUUUCCUGAGGUACCAAAACCAGAAGUGCAUGAAUUGCCAAAGCCCAGAUUUCCAGAAGUACCAAAGCCAAACACGCAUGAAUUACCAAAGCCCAAUUUGCCUGAGGUUCCAAAGCUAGAAGUUCAUGAAUUACCAAAGCCUAAAUUGCCCGAGCUACAAAAACCUAAAUUACCCGAGGUACCAAAACCAAAAGUGCAUGAACUACCAAAGCCCAAUUUGCCUGAGCUUCCAAAACUAGAAGUGCAUGAAGUUCCAAAGCCUAAAUUGCCCGAGCUACAAAAACCUAAAUUACCCGAGGUACCAAAACCAAAAGUGCAUGAACUACCAAAGCCCAAUUUGCCUGAGCUUCCAAAACUAGAAGUGCAUGAAGUUCCAAAAACUGUUGUUCCUGAGAUCACUAAACCUAUUCCUGAACAACCCAAAUUCAAGCCAAUUGAAACUGAACUUCCAAAGCCCACACUACCUGAGCUGCCAAAGUCAAUUGUGCCUGAAGUGCCUAAGCCAACAGUGCCAGAGUUGCCUAAGCCUGUGAUCCCAGAAAUGCCGAAGCCUACUCUUUCGGUCGUCCCCAGCAAACCAUAA